UAGAAGAGAGAGAGAGCGUGCAUGGGAGGGAGGAGGAACUAAAAGAAAAAAGUUAAAACUAAAAAUGGCUUCCUUGUCUUUGGAGUCUGCAGAACAAUCUGAGAAUAGCACGGAGGAGUCUACCCAAGAGGCCGCUCCGGUAAAAGAGGAGACGGAUCCGGAUGAAGUUUCAGAACAAUUGCUAAAAACUUUUCAGAACUCGGCGCUCAGCUUUUCGACAGAUCAAGUAGCAUGUCUGUGCGAAGCCCUUCUACAGGCGGGCAAUGUGGAUCGCCUGUGGAGAUUCCUAUCAACCAUCCCUCCUUCGGCCGAGCUGCUACGUGGCAACGAGACUCUCCUCAAGGCCCAGGCACUGGUCGCUUUCCACCGGGAAGAAUUCAAGGAGCUCUACGCAAUAUUGGAAAGCCACGACUUCCACCCCAGCAACCAUGGGUUCCUGCAGGACCUCUACUUACAGGCGCGCUACAAGGAGGCGGAGAGGUCCCGAGGUCGUAGCCUGGGCGCCGUGGACAAGUAUCGGCUUCGGAAGAAAUUUCCCCUGCCGAAAACAAUCUGGGAUGGAGAGGAGACUGUGUAUUGUUUCAAAGAGAAGUCUCGCAAUGCACUGAAAGAGUGUUACAAAGGCAACAGGUACCCCACUCCGGACGAGAAGAAAAACUUGGCCAAAGUGACUGGACUCUCCCUCACGCAAGUCAGCAAUUGGUUCAAGAACCGACGGCAGAGAGACCGAACCCCGUCCGGUACCAACAGCAAAAGUGAGUCCGAUGGUAACCACAGCACAGACGAUGAGGGUGAUGACAUCUCAGACAAACCAGAGGACAUUGUGGGCUCCACAGCCUCCAUCUCCCUCUCUGGCACCCCCUGCAGCACUGGAGGCCAGCUCUUCCUCAACGGGGCAGGUGGGUUCCUCACCGCCUCCCACCCCUUACUCAUCAAUGGGGGCUCCCUGAUCUCCGGGGCAGGGGGUGGGGUCAUCAUCAACGGGCUGACCCUGAGCGAUGGUCACACGGUUACCCUCAGCCCCAUAUCGGCUAACUCACCUCUGCUCUUCAAUGGAGCGCAGGUCAUAUCCAAGAGCAGUGAGGUUGUGCAGGAUAUGGGUCUUGAGGGCCAGGGGGUUAUGGCCAUGGAGGCCCAGCCCAGCUCUGCCAUCUCCCUCCCUCUGACACAGGAUCUUAAGACGGACAAUGUAAGCCUGACGAACCCCUCAACCAUCCCCACCCUGGACUUCAUCAAUGUCUCAGAGGGGAUUGUUCUCAAAGCAGGGGACAUCCAGACAGUCUCUCCUUCCCCCUCCUCUUCCUCCUUGUCUUCCCCCUCAACAUUCUCCCCCACCUCCCUUCCCUCCCUGGUUCUGACUCAAAAUGGCUGCCUUUCCGACACCCUCACCCUUCCGGUCUCUAUGUCCUCUCCGGGCGUGGUCAUCUCCAGCCCUGUAGUGGGCCUCCCCAGCCAGCAGGGGGAGUAUGUGGUGUUUGCCACGGCUGGUUCUCAGCUCACCCCCUCCAGCUCCAUCUGCCAGGUGGUGUCCUCCUACAGCUACUCCACCCCACAGGUAUUCUCCCUGCCUCAGGUGGUGCCCUCCAUCCAGGGUGUCCCCGUAUCCCAACUGGUCCAACACACACCUGGAGGCCAGGUGUCCCAGUGUCCCCAGUUAAUCCCUGUGUCCCCCCUCACCUCCUCUCUCCCCCAGGGCACCCUCUCCCAGUUCCAGGCCCACCAGACUCUGAACAUCGCCCCCCGCCUCGCCCAACCCCUCCCCCAGCAUCAUACUAGUUCCUCUACGUUGGGAGAGGGAACCACCAUCCUCUCCCUUUCCCAGCUCCCCAACGGACAGCUCCCCCAGGGACUCACACUCCAGCUGGGUGACCAGACCUCAGCUACCAUCCCCACUCUGACCCAGAUCCAGUCCCCACUAGGCCAUCACCAGAUCAUCUCUCAGUCCAAAGAGACAACCCCAGGCCAUUUGGUUCCCCUCUCCCUGCCCCAGCUGGUGCCUGUCUCCUCCACGGGACAACUCUCCUUCCCUCAGGUGGGCCCGUCCACCCCUUCCCUAUCUGGAUCUGGUGGAGCCUUCCAGAUCCUAACCUCGGCCCCUGGAGGUGGGAUGACUCAGGGGCCCUUCAGGAUAAACCAGCUGGGACCCCUCCAGACUGUAGGCCCCCCGACCAGCAUGGCUCCUGGUGUCCAGCUCCUCAACUCUGGGGUCAUUCAGCUCCCCUCCGCCUCGCCAGGGAAUCUCCUCUAUGGUGGAAGCCCCAUCCUGAGUUACCAGAACGGCAAGCUGAUCCUAACUAUCCCAGCUGGCAUCCAGUUCGGCAGCCUGCCCAUGAAACCCGUCCCUGAGGCUUCUACCCACCCCACCAACGGAGUAGGCCCUGGACUCACCCUCAACCCUGUCAUCCACCCUACACCUACCCUCCUCCCAGUCUCCACCUCCGUCCCAACGUCCAACACCCUAGAGACGUCCCCCCUCUGCUUCAUCAACUCCUCUCCGCUCUACUGCACUCCUGAGAUGGGUGUCCCCACCAACCAGCCCCUCUCCACCACCUCCCCACACACCCUGGACCUCUCUGCCUCCCACACUCCUCCCAAUGCCCUCACCCCAGAGAGCAUGCUCUCCCUCAGCCCCAUGUGCAGCGGAGUGACCCCCACCACUCAGCUCUCCCACACCACCUGGAGCCCUGUCCCCCUCUCCACCUCUGCCAGCCUGACUAUGUUUGACGUCCGUGGGAAGGGAGAUCUGCCCGAGGACCCGCCUCUGCUGGACCUACCUGGAGGCGAGGCCCUGCUACUAGGCAGCCCCUCUCCAGAACAGGAUGUGGACAGGGGGUCGCCGUUGGCGGACCCAGUGGAAAUGGAUGGAGACCCCAAGAUCCUCACCCAGCUACAAUCAGUCCCUGUGGAUGAUGGGUUGGGGCUGUAAUCCAGUCCCUCAGCCCACACCACCACAAACUGUUACAAAACAAUCUGGAAGGUUUUGUUUGUCCGACCUCGGUGCUCCCCUGGCUAGGUUUGCAUUGAGGAGUGGACAGGCUUUGACUCGUAUGAGAAAGGUGCUUUGACCAAAUAUAUCCUCUGCCGAUGAUCCUUUGGAUAAACUGUCAUGGGAUAGGCUAAUUGUAUGCAACACGGAAUGACCUGGAGGAUGGCCUUUCAUACAGGCUAGCCUAUCCCCUGAUUUCUGUUACUCAACUGUCCACUACUUAGUCUCCACUUUUUAAGCACUCAUCUGCCUCCCAUAAGCCUAGAGCCCUUCCUGUGUCCAGUCAGAGCACAGCGUUUAUUUGUAAGGACAUUCUGCUACUUUUAUGCACAGACGUCCGUUUCAGCCAAGACUAUUUGUACUACAAGAAUGAAUGCCUUGGGUUUUAUUUGAGCAGUAUGCCACGGCCAGGCUCUGUCUUAAGUCUCUAAACACAGUCAAAUGCAGACACAGACAAGCGUUCAGUCCUGUUGAGUUGGUGGUGCUGAAUGGCUGCUCACUCUAGUGCCGGUGUAGUUUGAGUGCUGCUGAGUAUUGCACAGUUUGGCGCGGUGAAGGCGGCAGAGCGUGGACUGACAGUGGCACCAGAGACCCCGGACCUCUAGCAUUGAGAUGGACUGUGUACUCCUCUCUGUCAAAACUGGUCAGCAGUGUCACCGCAUCGAGGGGCGCAGGCUCGUCAUUUAACUACAGGUUGGAAUAAAUGCUAAGCGCUAUCGCAUCUGAGGUAUGUAGGAGGAAAUGGGAGUCCCCUGAGAUUUCUUCGUUUUUUUUUUUUUACUCUAUGCAAUCGAUGCAUGUUCCUCGUGUAAAUAUGACCACGUGACA